AUGAAGACCUUCGUCGUCCUCCCCGUCGUCCUCCAGGCCGCGGCCGUCAGCGCCUGGGGCAAGCUCGGCCAUGCCACCGUCGCGUCUGUCGCUCAGCAGUAUCUCACCCCCAAUACUGUGAAGCAGGUCCAGGCCAUCCUGGGCGACAAGUCGACGACUUACAUGGGCAACAUUGCCUCGUGGGCCGACUCUUUCCGCUACGAGGAAGGCAAUGCUUGGUCCAGCGGUCUUCACUUUGUCAACGGCCAUGACGCUCCUCCCCCCGAGAGCUGCCACUUGAUCCUUCCCGAGGAUUGCCCGCCUGAGGGUUGCGUCGUUUCUGCCAUUGGAAACUACACCGAGCGUGUGCAGAACAAGGAACUCGCCGCCGAGCAGAGGACGCAGGCUCUUAAGUUCAUCAUCCACUUUCUCGGCGACAUCGCCCAGCCCCUGCACACCGAAGCUUUCGGCGAGGGCGCCAACAACGUGACCGUCUUCUUCGACGGCUACAAGACCAACCUGCACGCGGCGUGGGACACCUCGAUCCCCAACACCAUGCUGGGCAUCUCCCCGCCCACCAGCGCCGCCAACAUCACCAACGCCGACUUUUUGGGCUGGGCCAACAACCUCGCCGCCAAGAUCAACCAGGGCAGCUACCGCAGGGACGUCCGCAGGUGGUUGCGGAACCACAGGCUGCCUGCCAACAGGAAGGGCGCCGAGCGCGCGGCUGCCGCGUGGGCCCAGGACGGCAAUGAGGAGGUCUGCCACUACGUCAUGAAGAUUCCUGGAAACCAGCUUAACGGCACCGAGAUUGGUGCUGGUGCUGGUGGUGAUUACUACAAGGGCGCGGCCGAGGUCGUGGAGCGCAGUAUCAUCAAGGGCGGUAUCAGGUUGGCGGGCUGGUUGAACUUGAUCUUUGAUAAGCGCACUGGGUUUGAGUUUUGGCUUUGA